AUGGGUUUCGUCCACUGGAUACUAAUCUCAGUUACUACUCUACUUCGAGUUUCCACUGCGGACACUGCUGUUACUGUGCGAAAUGUAACACUUCUGGUGUUGGCACCUUACGGGGGUGGGUACGAGGGCCAGGGCGAGCCUGGCUGGAAGGCCGGGCCUGCCGUCGUCCCCGCCGUGAGACUGGCCGUCGAUCGCAUCAAUAACAGGACAGACGUUCUCCCGGGAUACCACGUCCAACUACUGGAGGAAAAUUCUGGCUGCGAACACAGUCUCGGAACCAUGUACAAGUUCGCGACGAGCGUAGUGCUAAAGAGAUCGUCCUCAAACGUGGUGGGAGUUAUUGGACCAGGGUGUUCUGAGUCAACUCUACUCGUCGGUAAACUGGGAGCCAGAGACGGUAUUAGUCUCAUCCAGAUAUCACCUGCAGCAACUUCGCCUCAGCUAACUGACACCGUCAAAUAUCGCAACACGUUCCGCAUGCUCAGCACUGCCCUCCAACACAUUGGGGUUGUCACUCAGCUCAUGGCUCUCAACUCGUGGGAGAACGUGGCCGUACUAUACGACAAUAGCCGUGUGUUCUUUCGCCUACAGUCGGAAAUGUUAUUAGCUGCCCAACCCUCAAAGAUAGGUUUCGAAUCAGCAAUUGAUAGCACUCACUACCCACUUGGGAGCAUCGAGGCACGUUAUAAGGUCAUUAUUCUCAUUGCUGGAGGCGAAAUGAUGAAGGAGGUGAUGUGUUUAGCUUACCACCACACACCAAAACUCGUUUAUCCUGUAUAUCAGUGGAUAAUGGUCGAUUAUUCGAAGCAUGGAUUAACUUCAAGCAUUGGCUUCAGGCACAGCGGAAAGUUUUACAACUGCACGCGUGAAAUAAUGAAGGAAGCCUUGGAAGGAACAAUCUUAACGUAUUUUCAAUUCACUUCUCAGCAACAAGAAGACAAAUUAUUACUCAAUGAUGUCGACCUAACACUUGAGCACUACCAGGAACUCUAUCAGCAAUACCUGAGAGAAUAUUUGGCAGAAUUGAGGCAGAACGACAGGGACUACUCUUACGAACCAGAUGCUGAAGACUAUGCUGUGUCCUACUAUGACUCUACCUGGGCUCUUACACUAGCAAUCAAUGUCUCGCUGGAGAAAAUAUCACUGACAGAUUACACGUUUGGCCAACCUCACACUACAAAGAUCAUCAGACAGCAAUUGGGAGACCUAAAAUUUGAUGGAUUAAUGGGAAACAUUUCCUUCAACAGCACCACACAGGACUCUAAUACUCCAGUCAACAUUAACCAAUGCAUUAAAGGGGAAUGUAAUUCGAUUGGGGUGUAUGAUGGAACGACAUUGGAUUUGACUUCCACGGAGGCAAAGUUUGUGUCUGAAAUAUUCCACAAUGCUGUUAUUGGUGUUAACCACGCAGUGGCAGUCAUUGCCCUUGCUACUUCCAUCCUAUUAGCAGUUUACACAGCGUGCCUUCAUGCCAUAUUCAUCGCUUUCCAAAGACACCAGUCAAUCAAGGCAGCAAGUUUCACUCUGUCUCACUUUAUGUUUUCCGGUUGCUACCUUCUCCUUUGUCAAGCAUUUUUUACAUUAGCAGCAUUCUCCUAUGGCUGGGAGACUAAAACUGCAGCUGAUAUUCACAAUCGGGAUGUUUCCCUCGGUGUCAUCUGCAACAUCAACGAAUGGCUCAACAGCAUUGGCAUGUCCCUGAUACUGAGCACACUAUGUGUGAAGUUGUGGAGGGUGUAUCGCAUCUUCAGUUAUUUCAAUACAAGGAGCUACCUCAUAUCUGAUCUGAGCCUGACUUUGUUCAUUGUUGUGGUGGUGACUGUGAAUGUUGUCAUCCUUGUUCUCUGGACUACAGUUGAUCCCCUCCUUGCAACAUUUGAACAACAAGGCAUUGAAUAUGAUGGAGAAGAUGAGCCUGUGCUGUUAGUGCGAGUGUCUUGUCACUGCCAGUACUACAAUCUAUGGAUUGCCAUUAUAUACUCUGUACUUCUCCUUCUACUGACUUCCGUUGUGGUUCUGUCGUCACUGAAUCGUCGCAUAAGCAGAAGAAACUUCCGGACGGCCAAAUCAGUGAAUCUCAUGGUCUAUAUGAUUGCCCCAACAUAUUUCCUUGGGAAUGGACUGGCGUUCAAGUUGCAGUCACUUGAUAUUCACUACACAUACGUGCUGUGGCAGUUUUCUCUGCUCUCUAUCGUGUGCCUAGUGUGUGGCUUCAUGUUCACCCCCCCAGCCUACAUCGCUGUGAGAGUGAGCUUCUUGACACCCUACACAAAGAGAUAA